AAUUUUUCGCGUGAUUCAUACGUACUCAACAUUUUCUACUUAUUAUACUAUUAUUUCUUUUAUAUAUUUAUCUCCACGUAUAUAAAAUGUUUAAUUCAAGCCCGGCAAAUUUAUUAAAGCCAUCAAGUCCGAUUGUACAUCAAACGAGACCAACCAUGACCAGUGCGGCCAAUUUUGAACCAAAAAUAUCUUUGGAAACACCUUUGGCGGAUUAUGAACGUCUCAUGGAACAGUAUGUCCAAUCAGAAAAUGUAGAAGAUGAUUAUACGUUAGAGAAUAAUUAUAAGAAAAUAGCUACUCUCGCGAGAAAAACUGUGGAUAAACUCCUUUUUGAAGAUAGUUCCAUUACAAAGGAGGAUCAAGAAAAAAUCGCAAAGUUUUUAAACAAAAUAAAGGAGGACGCAUGCUUUUUCGACCCAAAUAGUUAUAACGAAUGGAUAAUUGUUGUGCGCGACAAAUUGUUGAAUAAUAAUAUGAUUGACUUUUGGCGUGAUCACAUGGUCAAAAAGGAACUAGGUAUUUGUUGGGCCAGAGAUUCUGAUUUAUUUGAUGACAUGGAAGACCCGUCGCCAAGAGAAUUUUACAAUUAUGCUGGCUGCGUGGCACCUUUUGAACAAGUGGAUAAUUCUAGUUUGUCAAACUUUUUGAAUCUCUCGACCCCAGCUGUACUCCAAACACCAAUUGCUUCUACUAAUGCUUUGACUUUUGAACCUGUGAUUUCGUUGGAAACUCCACUAGCAGAUUAUGAGCGUCUAAUGGAGGAAAAUGUCCAAUCAGAAAGUAUAAGAGAUGAUAACCUAAUAGAGAAUAACUAUAAGAAAAUUGCCGCUGCUGCGCAAAACAUUGUGUGGAAGCUUCUUUUUGUACCUGGUUCCAUUAAAAAGGAAGAUCAAUCAAAAAUUGCAGAGUUGUUAAAAAAGAUCAAAGAGGAUGCGUGCUUUUAUGACCCAUUUACUUAUAAUGAUUGGAUAAUUGGGGUACGGGACGAAUUGAUGAAACGCAAUAUGGUCGAUUUUUGGAGAGAGCACAUUGUUGAAAAAGAACUAGGCCCUUGUUGGGCUAGAGAUUCUGAUUAUUUUGAUGAUAUGGAAGAUCCGAAACCAAAAGAAUUUUACAACUAUGGAGGUUGUGAGGCUCCAUUUGCUAAAGAAAACGGAAAAUGACGUCACUGUUGUAUCUAGUGCACAGAUAAAAUGAUUCAUGCAUUAAUAACUAAAGUGCAACAUCUGCGUCUCGAAAUAAUAUUGAUGUACUUUUCUUCUUUUGUUACACUUGUUUUGGCGUACAACAAAUCGGUUAUAUAUUUUUAUAUUUAUUUGUAUUUUGUUUUGCUGGCAAGUUUCGAUUGAUUUUCGAUAAAAGCAAAAACAAAAAGAAAUUGGAGUUGCCAGUUUCUCACCAAGAAAAUUUAUAA